AUGGCACCUUCUAAUACGCAAGAUUUUGAAACUCCAAACACCCAUCUCAUCAACUGCCAAUUCAGCACUUCCCAGCCUUUGACUUCUGCACCAGAAAAGGAAUCCCUUUUCACAAUAUUUCGUCGGCUCGUGCCUCUCGUCUCCAAUGGCAAAAUCAUUCACCUCAACGCAGGCUUCAUGCCACCCUCUAACAUGGUGGUUGGGGAUGCUAUAAGCCGUUUCUGCUCAGAAUCCCUUUACCAUGAGUCGCCCAAGCCGCUAUGGAAACAAGACACGGAGCAGCUGCGUAGUCUUUUAGCACGCUAUCUCCAGACCGAGCCCUCCUCGCUGGCAUUUGUCCGCGAUACUACAGAGGGCUUGGGCUCGUUCAUGCACGGCCUCCGGUUCGAAAAGGGUGACAAUGUUGUUGUUAUUGACUGCGAGCACCCGAAUCAAUUAUACGGAUGGCUGUCACUUCGUGAGAAGGGGCUACAGGUCAGACUCGUGCCGACUAUGGCCAUGGUUGCGAAGACAGGGCAUAUUGAGGCUGCCAACGCAAACACCUUCGCUCCUUAUGUCGACGGUAAAACAAAGGCGAUUGGCCUUAGUUCCGUCAUGUUUCAUAGUGGGCAGCGUAAUGAUGUGGCGGAUGUAUGCGCCAAAUUCCGCCCGCAGGGGAUUCAUGUCCUGGCCGACUUAACGCAGGAAGUUGGCUUUGCUGAUGUCAAUAUUGCAAGCUUAGGUGUCUCAGCUGCGUCGUUUAGUAUGCACAAGGGCCUAAACACGCCUACAGGCAUCGCGGUGCUGUAUAUGGAUCCUGAGGUCGUGGCGGAGCUGGAUCCUGUCCCACCGCUCGUCGGAUACGGCGGUAUAGCCAACAUGUCCGAAGAUGCGCCUCUAAUUGAAGGGCCGAUUGAGUUUCAUCCCACGGCUCGCCGGUACGAACAUACGAAUAUGGGGUGGAUAAACGCUGUGUGUGGACGAGCCUUUAUGGAAUUUUACCUUGAUGUGAUGGGUCCGAAGAAUGUAGAGAAUCAUCUGUACGCCAUUGGGGAUCAUUUAAGACGGACCUGCAAGGCAUUGGGGAUCGAGAUUAUCGGACCGCAAAAUAAGAAGCAGCAUUCGCCACAUUUGUAUGUUCUGCAGUUGCAGGACGAUAGGUGGUAUGCGCACAUGCGAGAAGCUGGCGUGAUUGUGACGAAAUUGGCGACGGGAAUCAGAGUGUCCUUUGGGUUCUACAACAACGUGGUAGAUAUUGAUAGGUUGGCAGAUGUUCUCAGAGCCGGCAUAGCCCAGGGGAUUCCAUUGGCGUAG